UGUUUGUCACCGUAUUGAAUUAACUGCACCUAGCAGCAGGCCCGGUCAGUAAUUUCAAAUAGUAUUGGCACUGUACACUGUAUACUAAAUUAUUAACUGCUUCGAGCUGCGAGCUGGAUGGGAUCUAGCGGGAUAUAUACGAUUUUUCCCGUCGACGAGCAGCAAGCCGCUACAUCUAGCUCUCUCUCUUCCUAGAUCCCACUGUGUGCGUUGCUACCUAGCUGCUUCUUCCACCUUCCGGACUUCAGCAGGGUCUUCGAUCGAUCUCCAGGUUGUCCACAAGAUAGUUGGGGCGUCAAAGAUUCUCACACCCUAGCAGGAGAUAUACAAUACCAUGGAGAACAACUUACAUCACACAACUAAGACGGCAAAGGAGUUUUCACUUCAUUUUUUGCAGCACAUCACAAAUAAUUUCUCUAAGAACCGCAUAAUUGGUCGUGGUGGGUUUGGAACAGUUUAUAAGGGGGUACUCGACAAUGGGGAUGAGUUUGCUGUUAAAAAACUUGGGUACCAGCCAGGACUUGGCGACGACCAAUUCAAGAAUGAGGUUAUGAACCUUAUGGGCGUACAACAUCAAAAUAUUGUACAGUUACUUGGUUACUGCUACGAAACACGAAAUAGAGUUGCUGAGUACAAUGGAAAACUUGUUUUUGCUGGAUAUGACGAAAGAGUUCUCUGCUUAGAAUACUUACAGGGUGGAAGCCUUGAGCAGCAUCUUUCCGAUGAACCUUGCAGACUUGAUUGGUCCAUAUCUUACGGAGUAAUAAAAGGAAUCUGUGACGGUCUAAAGCACCUUCAUACGGGCUCCAAAAAUCCUAUGUACCAUCUGGAUUUAAAACCGGCAAAUAUAUUGCUGGACGAGGAUAUGAUACCGAAAAUUGGAGAUUUUGGUUUGUCGAGACUUCUUGUUUCAACACAAACCUGUGUCACGCAAACAUUUAUAGGAACACCUGGAUACAUGCCACCGGAGUACAUUGAUAAACAAGAAAUAACACCAAAAUUUGAUGUAUUCAGUUUAGGUGUUAUAAUCCUACAAAUAAUGGCAGGAAAGAGUGGCCACUCUGUGUCUGUAGAUACGCCUUCCGAUCAAUUUAUUGAGCUUGUACAUGAAAAAUGGAGAAAAAGGCUUCAAGCAACAAUGUCGGCAGAUAUAUCACAGGAAGUUAAGAUAUGCAUUGAAAUAGCAUUAAAAUGUGUGGAGUCUGACCGAGUGAAGAGGCCUACAAUAAACCAGAUUGUCGAUGAACUGGAUAAGAUAGAUAACGCCAAAAGUUCGUCUACCAGCCAGGUCGCCGGCUUCCGAAAAAAGCAGGAUUUCAACAAACUAUACACAAGUUCAGAUUCUACCGUGGGCUUCAAUGAUGAUGAGCCAAUUAUUACUGCUCCUCCAACUUCAGUGCAGUUGGUGAUGAAGAACAACAAGGAGGCGCCACUCGAGGAGAACGAUCAGAAGGUGAUGCUGGAGCUCACCGGCGACCAGUCCAGCAUUGAUCGGCCGGGCCUGGACCUUGUGGUCGUUCUGGACGUGAGUGGCAGCAUGUCGGGCCAUAAAAUCCGCCAGACGAAGACCGCUAUGCAGUUUGUGGUAAGGAAGCUUUGCCCUGUGGACCGGCUGUCCAUCGUCACCUUCAACAGUGAUGCCACGAGGGAGUGCCCCCUGCGGCAGGUGACCCAGACAUCAAAACUUGAGCUGCAGGGGAUGGUGGAUAGGCUUAUGGCCCGUGGCAGCACAAACAUCGAAGCCGGUCUUCGGACUGGGCUGAAGGUGCUCACCGACCGCAAGGUCAGCGACGGCCGCGUCGCCGGCGUCAUGCUCAUGUCCGACGGCCAGCAGAACUCAAACACGGACGCUGCUGUGGUCCCUGUUGGGAAGGUGCCCGUUUACACGUUUGCUUUCGGCAGGCAAGCGGACUCUGAGCUGCUCAACACGGUGGCGGCCAAGAGCAUGGGAGGGAUAUUCUCCUUCGUCGACGAUCGCAUGGAUGGCGCCGUGACCAUAGCCUUCUCCCAGUGCCUCGCCGGCCUGCUUACUAUCGCGGCUCAGGACCUCUAUCUCACGGUCACGGCAUCACGCGUCGGAGACGAGUCGACGACAAUACAGAAAAUUACCACCGGGAGCUACCUGCAGACGCAGCACUCCGAUGACCCUGGCUCGAUGACCGUCGCCUUCGGCCACCUCUACAACAAGGAAGUGCGCAAGGUCAUCGUCUACCUCUCUCUCCCCGCAGUCGAGAGUGAGCGCAGCGCGGACAUCCUCAAGGUCACAUACUCAUACAGCAGCUCUUCCGGGUCCGGGAGGGAGUUUGUUGCGACUCUAACGGUGUUGCGAACUGGCGUGGCGGUUCGGAAGGAUGGGCCGGAGGAGGUGCGGACAGAAGAGAUCCGUCUACAGGCAGCGGAAAUGAUCAGGGCGGCGAGAAUGUUGGCGGACUGCGACAACCUCAAGGAGGCCGAGUGGAAGCUAAUGGAUGCCCUGAACCUGGUGGAGGCGGACCAGUACUCCAACCCUUUUCUCCUGGCCGAGCUGCACCAGCUCCUCCAGCUAUUCUCUACCCAAUACAAGUGGCAUGGCCACGUCUACGCGUUGGUGUCGGAGACUUCGCACGGCCGGCAGCGUUUCGCGGUGAGGGGCGGUGAUGCCGGGUCUACACGUCUCUUCGCGACCCCGCGCAUGGACAAGUACCUCAAGGAGAUUCUCCAAAAGUCUCCGGUGACUAUGCCGCUCUUCUCGAUGCCGCGCAUCACUACUACUACAACUUAAGGGUACUUGUGCCCGGGGCACUUUCUAGAAAGUGUCCUAAAUACUUUCCACGGAAGCACUUUAAUUAAAAUCUCUACUAAUUUAAUCAUACCAGAGAAAUUAUCUGAUUAAAGGUUUGGCAGACAAUUUGGUGGAUCAUGGUGUGGCUAUCCUGCAAUAUGCAGAUGACACAAUUCUAUUACUGCAGGAUGACAUGGAGGGAGCACGAAAUUUAAAACUACUCAUGUACAUUUUUGAAACUAUGUCUGGUUUGAAAAUUAAUUUUGAGAAGAGUGAGACAAUGUUGGUGCUGGA